AUGAGCGACUCGACAUCUGUAUCAACUAGCGAUUAUUCGACAGCAUCCGCAGAUCAAACAUCCAGAUAUUCGAGAUCUGCUUCGAGUGAGUUUGAAAGUAGAGAGAUAAUCUAAGCUUGGAUGUUUUGGGAUUGAGCUCUUUAGAUCUCAUAGGAGUCUUUUGAAAAUCGUGAGCCUUUGAGAUUCUAUUUUUUCAGGUGCAUCUGGAAGAUCGACUAAUCCAUCAAGAUCAUCAUCUCGUCAUCGAAGUCUGAAAAGAAAGAGAUUAUCGUGUCCAACUCGUUCUACCCGUUCUUCCCGCUCCCGCUCCCGCCCUCGUUCUCUUUCCCGUCCCCGUUCUUCGCGUUCUCGUCCACGUCUUCUUGUUUCCGCUUUCAAACCAUGUCAAGAUUCCGAAACCAACGAUCAAAUUCGCGGAUUUUUGAAUGGUUAUUCAAGCUCAGAACAAUUUGAAUGUUUUACUGUCAAAAUUGAUGGAAUGCCAUUUGUUGCUGUUUCAUUGAUGAAUGCUGACAAAGAAUUGAGAGAUAAAUAUUGGCAAAUGCCACCGCCAACACCAAUGAGACCAUCCAGAAAUUGUGAGUUGUGCUGGGAUUUUUAGCUAUGAACGGGAAAUAACUACAGUAAAAAAGUGUUUUUUUUUUAAAUCAUAUUGAAAAAUUUCCGAUCACGCCCAAACAAAAAAAAAUAAUUUUUCUUUAGCUGAAAAUCGUCCACGCGACAAAUCUUCAAGAAUUUCAACUGGCGAAAAAUCGCGAAAAUCAGUUCGAUUCCCUGAUGAAAAAAGAUUAAGCGACGAAGAAGUCGAACGAGUUUUGGAUGGAAUUGUUCAACAACGAAAAAGUUAUUCGGAUUUGUGGAAAGAUCGAGAAAAUGCACAAUGA